AUGAGUGAUCAAAAAGUUGACAAAAAGAAAAGCCUUGCUCCCCAUUGAGAGCGAACAAAAAUCUUUGGUUCGCUGACAGGAGGGUGGUUGAUUUUUGUUUUUUUAAAAAUAUAUAUAUAUAAAUUUUAUAGUGAAACUAUUUUUCUAAGAAUUUAAAAAAUCCAACUCGUAAAAAUUUAGAAGUAAAAAUAUAAUUCAAUUUGUAAAAUUAGUGUUUUAAAAUGCAAACUGUUUAAAAUUAAAAAGAAUUAGCGAAAUUUCAUUAUAAUAACUUAUAAAUCAAAAUAUUUUUUUCAUAAUUUUUUUUCGCUCACGAGGGUGGUUUUAGGGAUUUUUCGAAUGGUUUUGCUCACACAUGGAGCUGGAGGAGUUAGCUUCUUUUCUAGCGAUGAAUGCUGUCAUAUCUGCAAAGCCUCUUUUAGCGUAAAUAAACCAAGAAGAACCUGCAAGUUCUGUAAUGAGCGUGUGUGCAAAGAGCAUUCUAUUAAAAAGCAAUGAGAUGACCAAAAGAAACGUAUGUGCGACAAUUGCAGAUAUGGAAAAAUCCGGCUACAAGUCGUGAAAAGCGUUUCUAAUGAAAUAAACGAUCUUCAAGCCACUCUAGCUGAAGCUGAGGCAGAAAGAGACAAAUAUGUAAAGGAAAUCGAAGAAAUGGACGUCAUUGCUGAUGUGAAAAGGUCAAAAAUAAACACAGGAGAUAUGGCUCAUCUUGAAAAUAUUUGUGAUCUAGAAUCAAGAAUUGGGGAGACAGUUCACCAAAAUGAAAGAACAGAAUUUGCGAUCACAAACUUAAAGACUUUUCAUGAUCACAAAUUUUUUGCUACAAACAGCCUUUUUAUACUUUUUUUAAACCAUUUUUAGUUUUUUAAAAUGCAUAAGAAUAAUAUUUUUAUUAAUUUCUAUUAAAAAAUACCAAAUUAAAUGUAUCCAAGGAAAAAUACAGGAAGCCAACUUUUCUUGAAGAGAGUCAAGAAAAAUGUGAUGGAUUAAAUAAAAGAAUUAGCGAUGUAGAUCGAGAAGUAAAACAGUAUGAAUAUUUAAAGGACAGAGUAAAUAAAGAAAUCCAAAGCCUGCUAGGAAAUGUUAAAAAAGUGAAAAAUGUUAUGAAUAAAAGUAUUACUCCUGAGCAGCUUAUACCAAUAAUUUGUGAAGAAUGCAACUCAAGGCUGUUUCAUGCUGGAGGGAAGAAAAAAUAA